AUGAGUGGUUCGACACAAAAACAUCAAUAUUCAGUCGAGGUUGCCGGGGCAUCCGAUAUUCCCGGAGAGGGUAAACCCCGCCGAAAUGCUCUUUCUCCUGAUAAGCUCAUUCUUCAUCCUGAUGGAGCUACUACUCUAUAUGAAAAUUUUUUACAUGGCGUCAAGGAAGCAGGUGACGGAAAUUUCUUGGGACAUCGAGAGAUUAAGAAUGAAAUCGUCGGGUCUUAUGUUUGGCAAUCAUACAAUACGGUUCAAAAACGUGUGGCUAACUUUGGUUCUGGAUUGAGAAAGAUAGGUUUGAAUCCUAAGGAACCUUUAGGAUUUUUCUCAAUUAACAAUCCUGAAUACGUAAUGGCGCUACUUGCCAGCUAUCAAUACAAUUUCAUUGCGGUUCCUUUGUAUGAUACGUUGGGCGCCGAAGCUCUUGAACAUAUCAUAAACCAAACUGGAAUGAAAUAUUGUUUGGCCACGGUUAACAAAGGUCGUGUGCUUCUUGACAUGAAGGAAGCGUUACCGACGAUCCAAACCAUCAUCAUUUUGGAUACAAUUGAUCAAGAAUUUAAUGACCUCGCGAAUGCGCUUGAUGUUAAAAUUUUAAAUUUCACGGAUGUUGAACAAGUUGGCUCUGUUCAACCCGUCGAAGCGGAGAAUGCUAAACCUGAUGACGUUGCAACGAUUUGUUAUACUUCUGGUACAACUGGCAUCCCUAAAGGUGCAGUGUUGACUCAUAAGAAUUUCAUGGCGAACGUUGCCAGCAUUAGAUGGCUUGCGGAUCGAGGCACUAUGUUUAAGUCGACUCCAAACGAUGUACACAUUUCUUAUCUACCAUUAGCUCAUGUGUUUGAGUUAGCUAAUAUGUCUACGAUGAUUUAUGGAGGUUCGGCGAUCGGUUUCUAUCAAGGUGAUACCUUGAAAUUAUUGGAUGAUAUUGAUGAAUUGAAACCUACUAUAUUUAUUUCGGUGCCACGUUUACUUAAUCGUAUUUACGAUAAAGUGAUGGCCGGUGUGAAAGUGAAGGGUGGUGUCGCACAAUGGAUGUUUACCGCCGCUUUUAACUCAAAAAAAAGCGGCUUGAAGCAGGGAAGGUACGAUCACUGGAUGUGGGAUCGCAUGGUUUUUGCUCCGAUUAGAGCUCGACUCGGUGGUAAAGUUAAAUAUAUCUUGUCAGGUUCGGCUCCAAUUACACCUGAUGUCAUGGACUUUUUGAGGAUUGCGUUCUCCACCGAAGUAUUUGAAGGGUAUGGUCAGACGGAAAAUGCUGCUGGUUUAACUGUAUCAUUGUUUGGUGAUACUUCGUCGGGUCAUGUUGGACCACCACAAGUUUGCGUCGAGGUUAAAUUGGUAGACGUACCAGAAAUGAACUACACGUCUAAUGAUAAACCUUAUCCCCGAGGUGAAAUUUGUGUUCGAGGUCAUACGGUUUUCCGUGAAUAUUAUAAACUUCCUGAUGAAACCUCCAAGACCAUUGAUAAAGAUGGAUGGUGUCAUUCCGGUGAUAUCGGACAAUGGGAUGAUCAGGGUCGUUUAAUGAUUAUCGAUCGCGUCAAAAAUAUCUUUAAAUUGGCGCAGGGCGAGUACAUUGCCCCUGAAAAGAUUGAAAACAUAUAUUGUAAACAUGAACUCGUCUCUCAAGCAUUUGUUUAUGGGGAUUCGUUACAAGCUUCAUUAAUAUGCGUUAUCGUUCCUGAUGAAGAAGUUCUUAUGCACUGGGCCAAACAAAAUGGCUUUGAAGGCCUAUCCUACGAAGAACUUUGUAAAGAUGCCAAAGUUAGAAAACAUUUUCUUCAAACCCUCAUUAAAUAUGGCAAGGCAAAUGAUUUGAAGGGUUUUGAAUGUGUCAAAAAUGUUUAUUUGACCCCUGAACCAUUUUCCAUACAGAAUAAUUUGCUUACACCCACCUAUAAAUUAAAGAGACAUCAAGCUAAAUUGCGAUUCCAAAGAGAAAUUGAUGCAAUGUAUGCUGAAAUUACCAUCAAAUUAUGA